UCGUCGAGCAACGGUCCUGUUUUCUUUACUAUCAAUUAACUAAAUAUCUGUUACUAUACCUUUGUCGCAUGUGCGACAGGCUCCACUACGUAGCUCCGCCACUGACGUUACGUUUCUUAUAACUAACUAAGCGUGCUAAAGCUUUUGAUAAACAGUAAGAUGUCGCAGUGUAGUAGUUUUCACACACAACUGGUUUCCGUUAUGGAGACGUUGACUAAAGCAGCAAUUGCAGAGAUAUGCAAGCUAGUCAACGACGGUAAUGCCGUUUUGCGUUCUGAAAUGUGUCGACGUCAGACUGAGAAUGAAGUCCUGAAGACGAAACUUAAGUUACUGGAGAGUGAGCUGAGACUGGCGCGGAAACAUGGACGCAGGGACAGAAGAGCUGGAUAUGGGGCGAGUCUUGCAAACAGCUGUGCGGAUGAAGUUCACAUUUCUAAUAGAUCAAGAAGCACUGGAGAAAGAGCGAUGAACAGUGAAUGGUCCGCCCCCCACGGCACAGAAGAGCUCUCACCCCAGCAAGAAAGCAGCCUUUUACUGUCUGUCGCUAUCACUGAUGAGCAGUCUUCAGAGACUGAGGGGGAUGGACCUGAAUCAUUUCUUAUCAAGGAGGAAAGACCUAAAGAGGACUUGGGGAACAGACAACUCCAGGAAGGACUAAAGACUGGUGGGGAGGGUGCUACUGAACAUAUUGCUGAGGAUGGGGCUCCCACUGACCAGCAGCAUUGUGAGGUGAGGUGCUUCAGUCUAAGGCAAGAGAUGCAGCCAACACCUGCACGAUGCAACGAGAGGCACGAUCAGCUGGGGAAUGUUUUCACACACAGUUACAGUGACGAAGAGACUGAUCAAGAUGAUUUUUACCUGGGAGACAGAGACUCUGGAUAUCAGUCUGUUAACACAGGCCAGGAGCCACUUCUCUCUGGAGAGGAGAGUGUUGGACACACUCUGGCAUCCCAGAUAGGGUGUCUCGAUGUGAAACCAGAGUCUGUGCCACUCAAAGAGGAGGCAGACAUGCAAUCAGUGUGUCCUGCUUUGGACAAAAUGAGACAUUUUAGGCAGUACCCACUGAAUAAUGGUGACUUGACACUACAGUCUAAUCUUACGCAAUAUAGCCAUUCAUUACCAAAGUCCCUAAUGUCAACAAUAUACAGCAGAUCAGAGUUAGAAUUAGACAUUCUGAGCAAGAAUGGAAGUACCUCUUCUGAGAUUUCUACAUUAACUAAGGAAAUGAAGACCCGACGGAGACCUGGCACUGGGAAGAGACCAAUCAGUUGUGCAUAUUGUGGGAAGAGUUUUGUCCGUAAAGAUAAUCUAAAGGUGCAUUACAGAAUUCACACAGGAGAGAAACCAUAUGUCUGUAAGGUGUGUGGGAAAAGUUUUGCUCAGUUUAAUGGGCUUGUACACCAUCGGACUGUACACACAAAAACAAAACUGUUCAGUUGCACACUUUGUGAUAAAAGCUAUGCUCAGAAGUGCAGUCUUAAAGUUCAUCAACGCACACACACAGGAGAAAAGCCCUUCACUUGCACAUGGUGUGGGAAGGGCUUUGCCCAGAGAUGUGGUCUCAAGGUACACCAGAGAAUUCACACAGGAGAGAGACCCUUUAUAUGCAUAACAUGUGGAAAGAGUUUCACCAAUUCAUAUGUUCUUAAAAAUCACCUGCGGAUUCACACGGGAGAGAGACCGUUUGUUUGCAUGAUUUGUGGUAAAACCUUUGCUCAGAACAACAAUCUUAAAGUACACAUGCAGAAACACACAACAGAGACCAUUUAACUCAAAGCAAAGUAAUUGUGAUCUAAAGGGUGACAUUAAAUAGCAUCAAAGUCAUAAGCUAAGAACUUAAUGGUCUAUUUCAGGGGAAAUGCUAUUUGGAUCUCUGGGUGAGUUUUGCAGUGUUAUGUAACAAGAAUUUUAGUGAUUGUACAGUAUGAAUUGGGUUGGUGUUGGAAGUACCCAAAACAGGUAUUUUGCUUCUACAUCUCAAGUUUAGCCAUGGCCAA